AUGGUCUUAUCACUGACACCCUCAUCCUCAACUUCGAGAGCAUUCUUUCGAUCUAUCGGAAGAGCUCAAGCGUCGAGGCAGUAUCAGUUCUGCGGCCCGUCAGAAGCUAGAAGUCAAUCCACCUCUUCUUCUAUCUCUCCGGUCAAAACACCGUUGGAAGAUGUCAAGAACAAUGAGCUGGCUAAAAUAAUCCGGGAUACCAUAAGAUCUACAGGACCCAUACCGAUUUCGCGAUAUAUGCAAUUUUGUCUAUCUCAUCCUACAUACGGUUAUUAUCAGAAAGGAGAUGUAUUUGGUGAAAAAGGAGACUUUGUUACAUCACCUGAGAUAUCACAGAUAUUUGGAGAGUUGGUUGGUAUAUGGUUCCUUACGAGAUGGAUGGAAUCGGACUCACCUACCCGAGUGAGAAUAGUAGAACUGGGACCUGGAAGAGGUACCUUGAUGGAUGAUAUCCUACGAACACUGUUCAAUUUCCCUGGAAUAGCAGCAUCGCUCAAGUCAAUUCAUCUUGUUGAGAACAGUGACGCUCUAAGAAAGAUUCAAGGCGACAGGCUAUCAACGAGGUUAGAAGGCAAAGACGUUUCUCUGCAUUGGUAUACAGGAAUCAACGAAGUGGAGGAGACCGAUGACACAUUCACGUUGUUUGUAGCUCAUGAGUUCUUCGACGCCAUGCCUAUAAACACCUUCGAAAAGACAAACAUGGGCUGGAGGGAAGUUCAAGUUGAUAACGAUCCUGGGUAUAGUCCUGGAUUACCGACUCAAACAUCCAGAUCAGGUCUUCGAUUAUCAAUCUCCCCCUCCCCUACUCCUUUAUCAUCAGUAUUACCAGCAACUUCACCUAGGUUCGCUUCUUUACCUGUUGGCUCAAGGGUCGAAAUUGCUCAAGAGUCGUUUAAGAUCAUGAGAAGAGCUGGUGAAUUACUAGGAAGUGGACAUACGAAAUGUGGAGGAGGAUGUGGAGUCGUGGUUGAUUAUGGAGGUGAUAGGGCUUAUGGGCAAUCAUUCAGAGCAUUCAAAGGUCAUAAGAUUGUAGACACAUUUGAUGAUCCUGGACAUGCAGAUUUGACAGCAAAUGUAGAUUUCGCUUAUCUCAGAGAAUCAUUAGCUGGUACUGGUACUUCUUCGCUAGGACCUAUCCCACAAUCGUCCUUCCUCCUUUCGCUUGGCCUCCAACCCCGUCUUCGAAAACUCAUAGAUUCGGCUCCUGAAGAACGGAAGGAGGACAUCAGAAAAUCCGCUCAAAGACUCAUCGAUCCUUUGGGUAUGGGAGCUCAGUAUCAGGUCAUGGGAAUUAGCAGCGGUGAAUUGAAACCUGGGGAGGACAUCUAUCCGUUCAUUAACCCCAGUCAUAAGAAAGAGGAGAGCAAAGUGUUGAGACCGUAA